CUCUCUCUCUCUCUCUUCCUGCGCUGCUCCUACGACCUCUCUUUCUCUCACUUAAACCUCUCGAGCACCAAAUUGCCGUCGUCUCCCCCAAAAGCCCCCCCGCCCCCCCACCAAUCUCCACCCCGGGGUCUUUUGCCUAAGGAAUAAGAGUUGAGCCGGUGUGGAAGAGGAGUGUUUGAUUGCGAGAAAUGGCUGGCGUUGCGACGGAGGAGUCUGGAGUGGGAAGGUCUGAGGAGGGGAUUUUGAGUGCUCAGAGCUCUCAAUCUGGGGAAGCAUUGGCGGAAUGGCGAUCUUCAGAGCAGGUGGAAAAGGGAACCCCAUCGACUUCGCCUCCAUACUGGGAUACUGACGACGACGACGACGAUGACGAGGAUGGUGGGCCAAAACCUUCCGAGUUAUAUGGAAAACGUACAUGGAAGAUAGACAAAUUUUCACGGAUGAUUAAUAAAAGGGAACUUCGUAGUAGUGUAUUUGACGCUGGCGGCUAUAAAUGGUAUAUUUUAAUAUAUCCCCAAGGUUGUGAUGCCUGCAACCAUCUCUCUUUGUUUCUCUGUGUUGCCAAUCAUGACAAACUUCUUCCAGGAUGGAGUCAUUUUGCACAAUUUACAAUUGCUGUGGUGAAUAAAGAUCCAAAGAAAUCGAAAUAUUCCGAUUCAUUACAUCGAUUUCGGAAGGAGGAGCAUGAUUGGGGAUGGAAAAAGUUUAUGGAAUUGUCGGAAGUGUUUGAUGGGUUUAUUGAUGCUGACACCCUUAUCAUAAAGGCUCAAGUCCAAGUCAUAAGGGAGAAAGCAGAUCGACCAUUCCGUUGCCUGGAUUCUCAAUACAGGAGAGAACUUGUUCGUGUGCACUUGACUAAUGUAGAACAAAUCUGCCGACGUUUUGUGGAAGAGAGGAGGGGCAAGCUUGGGAAGCUGAUCGAGGACAAUGCUAGAUGGUCAAGCUUCUGUGCUUUCUGGUUGGGAAUUGACCAAAAUGCUAGACGCCGUAUGUCAAAAGAGAAAAUGGAUGUGAUUCUCAAAGUUGUGGUGAAACACUUUUUCAUAGCAAAAGAAGUUACCUCGACUUUGGUUAUGGAUUCCUUGUAUAGUGGUUUGAAGGCUCUCGAAGGUCCAAGCAAAUGUAAGAAAGGGAGGACAAAAGUAUUGGAUCCUGAUGAAAUGCCGGCUCCCAUUGUUUCGGUGGAUAAGGAUAUGUUUGUUUUGGUGGAUGACGUAUUAUUACUGCUUGAAAGGGCCGCCUUGGAACCUCUGCCUCCAAAAGAUGAGAAGGGUCCUCAAUAUCGAACAAAGGAUGGCAAUUCUGGUGAGGACUUCAAUAAGGAUUCCAUUGAGCGUGACGAAAGGCGGUUGACAGAAUUGGGUCGAAGAACAGUGGAGAUUUUUGUACUUGCACAUAUUUUCAGUAACAAAAUUGAAGCUGCCUAUCAAGAGGCUGUUGCUCUGAAGCGGCAAGAAGAGCUCAUUCGAGAAGAAGAAGAAGAAGCAUGGGUGGCUGGAAGCGAGCAGAAGUCGAGACGUGGGGCUAAUCUUAAGGAAAAGAAGUCAAAGAAAAAGCAGGUUUGAUGUUCUUAGCUACUAUUACUUUGUACUAAUAU